UAAUUUCUACCCCCUUCUCCCUCCUCCCCAAAAAGCAAAUUAACUUUCAAGCCCAAUAUCAGAAGAAUUAAGGGGGUAGCAACACUAAAAUGAAUAAGGUUGCAACGCCUCGUGGUUUCCGAGACGGCGGCCGCUUCUUCUCAAGGUCGCCGGAGGUUCGCCAGAAAUUGAGAAUUCAGGUGAGAUUGAUGGCGAUCCCCGGCGAUUAUGCCACGUUAGGACUCGCUCCUUCUGCUUCUAAAGUUGAAGUCAAGAACGCGUACAAGAGAUUGGCCUUGAAGUAUCAUCCCGACGUUGUAAGAAGAGGGGAUAUGGGAGGACAAGAAAAGACAGAAGCAUUCAAAGAGAUCAAAUUCGCCUACGAGAAUUUAAUGGCCGAGUUUGAAGAAGAAGAUGAUCAAUUUAAAGAACACGGUGUUGACGAAGAUGAAUGGGAUGAGUGGGAUGAAUGGAUGGGAUAUGAGGGAGGAAUGCCCAUUCUCUUCACCCCAUACUAACAUCAACACCAACACUAAUUAAUUGUGGAAUAAUAAGUGGAAAUCUUAUUAAAUUGAAGAGUUUUAGUAUAGGGAUCCAAAAUAUAGGAACAACAGGGAACAGAUGAUGUGUUCCUCUCCUAUUGCAUAAUGAGCUGGUCAUCAUUAAUGAUGGCCAGCUCAUUAUGCAAUAGGAGGACACAUCAGUUGUCCCCCUUGUUGGUCAUAUAUUUUGGGUCAUUGGGAAAUUUUUCUAAGGGCCUGUUUGUUUGCACGGAAGUAAUUGUGAAGUAGCUGAAGUAAAAGAAGUAGAGGCUAUUUUGUUACUUUCAAGCAAAAAAGUGU